AUGAUGACGGAGUGGUUACCGGCGAUUAUAGCGACGGGGCUGUUCGUUUUUCUGACGCCGGGAUUGGUGUUUCAGGUUCCCGGCAACAAUAACUUUGUAGACUUCGGGAAGUUCGAGACGAGCGGUCGCUCAAUCCUUGUCCACUCUUUCAUUUACUUCGGCCUCGUCACCGUCUUCACCGUAGUCAUCCAUUUUCCUGGCACUUAA